AUGGAGGGCAACGACCUCUCCGCCCUUAGCGGGGAAGAGCUACAGCAAGAAGUGGAGGAGAUCGUCCAGCAACGAGUGCAAGCCGAGCUCAAAGCCAACAGGAUAAACGAGGGUGAAGUCACCUACGCCCCACCACCUGCCGGCAACCCGGUCCCACCUACCGGCAGCCAGCCAUCACCCUCCAGCCAGGGUAAAACACCUUCCUUCAACGACCCCAGCAGCGUCGCACACAUCGUGGCGCAAGCGGCCAAGGCGACAGCUGAGGCCAUCGCUGAACAACAGGGCUUUGCCCGCUCAGGCACGUUACGUGAUCUGUACAUUAUGUUUGAUAUUUUUCGUGUGGGGGGGCAUCCGGGGGUCAAGACGGGGGUCACGCAGCAGCUGGCGGCCAAAAUCGUGACGGAGAGAAAAAAAAUAUUGACAUGUUCAACGACGAACCCGGCGGAUUUUGCCGCUACCACCGGUCCGAGCUUCACACCAACGAGCAGUGUCGUCUCCAGCAGCAACUGCGGCGCGCGCGUUCGAGAGAGGGCGCCGAGGAACGCCGCUCGGGCGGUGGAAGCCGCGGUGGCGGCGGUAGCCAGAGAGGAGGUAGACCGCCGCCGGGGCCCGGCCGCGGUGGCGGGCGAUGGGUGA